GGAAAAAUAAAUCGUAUACGUUUUGUAUUCCAUAAUGUCGGACGUUCCAUCCCCACCACCAGGACCACGCGCCCCGCCCGAUUUACGACUCAGUGAAGAGCUACACACGUCCCAAACACACACCCUCGACGUAUUAUCCAGAACCCAGCUGGAGACUAUUACCACGACGUUCAUCGACUUUAUCGAGAGCAACUAGUGGUGAUUUUUGGUACACGUAAGUGAAUCUCAAAUUAUCUACAUAACUAAAUAGAAAAUGUCAGAUGUGUUAGCGAAUCGUGAUGCGUGGAAGGAGUACGAAUACAACAGGGAACACCAGAUUUAUUCAAAUUUUACCCCGUUCUAUGUGACAGUCGCCAUAUUUUCUAUCAUAGGUGGAAUAAUAUUCAUCUUCAACAUCAUUUGUUGCACGUGCUCUCGUUACAAACAUUACUGGCGAGACAGACAUACAGGAAAUCGUUGGAUUCAUCCCCUGUGGGUUGUCACACCCCACAAGAAUCCACCCCUGGAUCUCGCCCCGAUAACAUCAGGCUUCAACGACAGGCAUAUAUACUCCCUGCGACCUGGUCAAGCCUAUUCAACCCAAACAUAUCCCUCCCAAGGAACUUAUUAUCCGGAAUCAGUGCAAGAGGACUUAGAGGCCCAGUACGACUCCCGAUUGGGUACACCACAGCCACAAGAGUACAUGGAACUUCACAAACGAGAGAGUGAAAUUUAAAUCGUCAGUACACGAUACAGAAUUAUUUUAGUCCAUUGAUCAAUUGCUCCAGCGGUAGCUGAUCGUACAAAAUAGUUUUAGAACUCAACAGUCAAUUGAGAACGAGAGUUUAUAGCACCAACAAUUAACUUACUUCAAUUUUAAUUCAAAGUUUCGAAUUACGGAAACAAAAAGAGAAUUUUAUCCCAAAUAUUACAGUGAAGUUUCAACAAUUUGAGAAUCUUCAGUUU